AUGACGAACAACCAUCAAGAAUCAAAAUUAUGGCUGGAGACCCCACUGAUUCUAUCUACUCAUCUAUCCGAACUAUUGAGUUGUAAUGUAUAUCUAAAGCUAGAGAAUCUACAACCAUCGCAGUCCUUCAAAUAUAGAGGACUGUCUUUAUUUGCACAACAUUGCAAAGAAACUCGAGGCGAUAGCGUUCACCUUAUCAUGGCUUCUGGCGGAAAUGCAGGUCUUGCAACAGCAUGUGCAGCAAACCGAUUAAACCUGAGGUGCACCGUAUACCUUCCCGGAGGAACCAGUCAAUAUAUGAUUGAUCGGCUCAGAAAGGAGAAGGCAGAAGUCAUCGUAGUCGGAGAGUAUUAUUUCCAGGCCGCACAGGAAGCCCGAAGAGCAGUUACACUUGAUGCAAACGCAGUCUAUGUUCACGGCUACGAAGGCGACGUCCUCUGGAGGGGUCACGGUUCGAUGAUCACAGAAAUAUCUUGCGCGCUUCCUGAGAAACCGAGUGCAAUCUUCUGCAGUGUCGGAGGUGGCGGUCUCUUGGGAGGUAUCAUAAACGGGUGCAAAUCCGUUGGCUGGGACGAUGUUCCCAUCGUGGCUGCCGAGACCCAUGGUUCAGCAGCUUUUUAUCACUCCGUUUCUGUCAAUGACAACCAGUGGGGCGCAUCCUCGCCUCUUCCAGAUGGCACCAGUGUAACGCAUGAUGAGGAACAGAACAUCCAAGUCGCGAACAUACAGAUCACUUCAAAAGCAACGUCUCUAGCUGCGACGACACCAUCGCCACAAGUCGUGCGUGAUGCGCUCAUGCGGAAAGGCGGUAUCAUUUGUGCUACAAUUCCAGACGAGAUGGCCAUGAGUACAACUUGUUUGUUUGCAGAGGAUCACAAAAUCCUUGCAGAGCUCGCAUGCAGUACCACUCUCGCCUUCGCCUACCAUCCGGACCUGUUCCAUCGUCUUCUGCAAACCUACAUCGUUAGGGGUAACGUCGACUCGGAAAAACGGCGAAAUGUGGUGUUCGUCGUUUGUGGAGGCGUUAAAAUAUCCACUGACGAGGUGUACGCGUAUGAGACAAUUAUCCGGGGUAUAUUGCAGGGAGGGCAACAGACUUGGAAUGUUUUCUGUAAUGGCGAGAGUUGGGAUAUUAAAGUACGACCGUUAAACCAAUGA